AUGGCGAGCGAAACUGCAGGGCGCGGUUUCUGGCGAGAUGACGAAAUUGUCGUGGACAAGGACGGCAUCCCCCACUACACAGGGGCACAGCCAGGCUUGAUGAGGGAGUACCGAAAGCGCGUCCUGUUUGCCUACCAGAGCCUCGAGGGCAGCGGUGACGACGAGGAGAAGGAGAAGAAGUCGCUGCAGAAGAAGCAGACCAGGUUCGCGAAGAAGCUGGUGGAUGGGCUCCACGGUGAAGCGUGGAGGGCCUGCCAGGACUUAGUGUCCCGGCCCGAAGAGCUGAAGACGCCCGAUGGCUACAAGAAGGUUUUCGCCGCCCUCCAGCAGAUCGAGAAGGUGUCGGUCAUCAAGGCGACGGAGGCUUUCGACACUUACUUUGAGAAGUGCCACCGCCGACGCGGGGAGGCAAUUGACCACUACCUUCGGAGACGGCGGCAAGACUGGGCCGACUUGCAGGACCUCGCGGACAACAACGUGAACUUGCCGCGCGACGACAGGCGGCAGAUUCUCCUGGCGUGCCAGUCGAGCUACUCGGAGGAGGCGAUCGAGAAGGCCCUCCGGGUGUCGUACUAUGACUACCACGAGAAAGAGAGGACUACGACCCGCGACUGGCAUGGACCUCCGCGGCGUUCGGGGAAAGGUUUUCCUUCUCAAAAGGGACAGCGGAAACCACACUAUGCCAACGCCGUGCUGGAGGAGGACAUGGACCCCGAGGACCAGGACGCUGACGAGCACGAGCCGGAGGACUACCCGAACGAGGUUUUCGCGGCGACGGGCGGCACGGACGACGGCGAGGAGGACGAGCACUUCUCCGAUGCCGGGGCGUCGGGCGACGAUGAGAUCUACGAGGCCUUCGCCAGUUACCAGGAGAGCAGGAAGAAGCUGCGUGAAGUUCAGAAGGCCCGAGGUUUUCUGAAGGGCAAAGGCGGAGGCAGCCCCGACGACCGGAAGGCCGCCAUAGCACGCGAAAAGGCGAGAACCCGUUGCUCUGCAUGCGGCCGUUUGGGUCACUGGGCUGGAGACGAUGUUUGCGGCAAAGGCGGCGCGAGCUCGCCCAGCAAGGGCAAAGGAGGACGCAGCCCGAGCCGGAAAGGAGGACGCGGCAGCAAGGGCAAAGCCUACUUGGUCGGCGAUUCCCCCUUGUACUUCAGCCUGAACGACGGCGACGAGGACGGGUACUGCGACAUGAUCCUGGACACCCCGACGGAGAUGGACCAGGACGAUGGCAACAGCGAGCUGGACGAGAAGCGGAAGCACCCAAUGCCAAAGGCCCGACCAGAAGCCAGGGCUAGCACAACGGCUGAAUGGGAGUUCGUUUCUGAGGUGCCCCCGUUUCCCUUCGAGACGGACGGCCCCGAUUACCACGAGGCCCCGUUUGCCACGAGCCCCGUGAAGGACCGCAGCCAGCACGUGAUCAUGCCCGUGAAGACGGAGGACAUCGAGGUGCACACCGUGAAGAGCUUCGCCGAGACGAUGCCCGUGGACCUCGAGGGCAUGAUUGUGCGGGACCUCCAAGGGGAUUGCGACCGUUGGGGAAUACAAACCUCAGGCACCAAGGCGGAGCUCAUCAGCCGGCUUCAGCAGCUUUACCGGGGCGGCCUAGUACUACGCAAGGGCUGCUCCAAACGCUGGGUACAGCUGAAAGAGCACGAGGGGUCUUUGAUCCCCGAGGGCGCCCGCGGAUAUGCAGCCAGCUCCGUUGCCGGGCCCGAGGGGCCCGGCCGUAUAUUUCGGCCCUACGUCCCCGGCACCAAAGACACGCGAAGCACCGCACCGAGCGCAGCAGCCAAGAAGAAGGGUGAUGAAAAGAAGGUGUGCCCUCGCUCGGGCCUGGAGAUCCCUUCAAGCUUGGCUGUCGGAGAGGUUGUGCCCCAAAUUGGCUGUUUGGUCUGCAAGUGUCCUUUGGUAUUUCGCCAGCGGCUGGACAAGACAGGCUACUUCUUCGGAUGCCGAAACUUUGUCACUGCAAAAGCGCUGCCGCUUCACGCUGGAUCUACCUGA